UUCCCGGGCAGCUCCGCGCGGCCAUGGCGGGAGGUGACGAGCAGGUGGGCAGUGGGGAGGAGAGGAAAGCAAACUGCGAGAAGAAGAAGAUGAAGGACGGGCCCGGCGAUGGAGGGCGGUCAGAGCUGAAUCCUUGGCCUGCAUUUAUCAAUGAGCGUUUAGAGAUGUACAAUAAACUUAAAGCUGAACAUGAUGCACUCCUUGCAGAAAGAGCUGCAAAGGACAGUAAACCCAUUAAAGUUACACUACCUGAUGGCAAGCAGAUUGAUGCUGAAUCUUGGAAGACUACUCCUUAUCAAAUUGCUUGUGGAAUUAGUCAGGGAUUAGCUGACAACACUGUUAUUGCUAAAGUGAACAAGAUGGUUUGGGAUCUAGACCGUCCUUUGGAGGAGGAUUGUACCUUGGAGCUGCUUAAGUUUGAAGAUGAAGAGGCUCAAGCAGUGUACUGGCACUCAAGUGCUCACAUAAUGGGUGAAGCAAUGGAACGGAUCUAUGGUGGCUGUUUGUGCUAUGGCCCACCAAUUGAAAAUGGAUUUUAUUACGACAUGUUCCUUGAGGAAGGGGGUGUAUCAAGUAAUGACUUCUCUGCUUUGGAAACAUUAUGCAAAAAGAUAAUGAAGGAAAAACAAGCCUUCGAGAGACUGGAAGUUAAGAAGGAAACACUACUUGAAAUGUUUAAGUAUAAUAAAUUCAAGUGUCGCAUCCUGAAUGAGAAGGUCAAUACUCCAACUACUACAGUAUACAGGUGUGGUCCCUUGAUAGAUUUAUGCAGAGGGCCUCAUGUCAGACAUACUGGCAAGAUAAAGACCAUAAAAAUUCAUAAGAAUUCUUCUACCUAUUGGGAAGGCAAGGCUGAUAUGGAAUCCCUCCAGCGGAUCUAUGGAAUUUCAUUCCCAGAUACAAAAAUGCUGAAGGAAUGGGAGAAAUUCCAGGAGGAGGCUAAAAGCAGAGAUCACAGAAAAAUUGGGCGGGACCAAGAACUGUUUUUCUUCCAUGAGCUUAGCCCUGGUAGCUGUUUUUUCUUGCCAAAAGGAGCUUACAUUUAUAAUACAUUAAUUGAAUUCAUCCGGAGUGAGUAUCGAAAACGUGGAUUCCAGGAGGUUGUCACUCCAAAUGUUUUCAACAGCAAACUGUGGAUGACUUCAGGGCACUGGCAGCAUUACAGUGACAACAUGUUUUCCUUUGAAGUGGAGAAGGAGAUCUUUGCUCUGAAGCCCAUGAACUGCCCAGGACACUGCCUCAUGUUUGAUCAUCGCCCGAGAUCGUGGCGUGAGCUGCCGUUACGUUUGGCUGAUUUUGGAGUCCUGCACCGCAACGAACUGUCAGGAGCUCUAACAGGGCUCACUCGAGUGCGCCGGUUCCAGCAGGACGAUGCUCACAUAUUCUGUGCUAUGGAGCAGAUCGAAGAGGAGAUAAAGAGUUGUCUGCAGUUCUUGCGUACUGUGUAUGAUGUCUUUGGAUUUUCCUUUAAACUGAAUCUCUCCACUCGUCCUGAAAAGUACCUGGGAGAUAUUGAAGUGUGGAAUCAGGCUGAAAAGCAACUCGAAAACAGCCUCAAUGCCUUUGGCGAGAAGUGGGAGUUAAACCCUGGUGAUGGAGCUUUCUAUGGACCUAAGAUUGACAUUCAGAUUAAAGAUGCCAUUGGCCGCUACCACCAGUGUGCUACAAUUCAGCUUGACUUCCAGUUGCCAGUCAGAUUUAACCUCACCUUUGUCAGCCAUGAUGGUAAUGACAAAACAAGACCAGUUAUCAUUCACCGGGCUAUCUUGGGAUCUGUGGAGAGAAUGAUUGCCAUUCUAACUGAAAACUAUGGAGGCAAAUGGCCGCUCUGGCUGUCCCCACAGCAGGUAAUGGUGGUACCAGUGGGACCAGCGUGUGAUGAGUAUGCUCAAAAGGUCCGGCAGGACUUCCAUGAUGCAGGAUUUAUGGCAGAUGUUGAUGUAGAUCCUGGGUGCACACUGAACAAGAAGAUCAGAAAUGCUCAGCUUGCACAGUAUAACUUUAUUCUAGUUGUUGGUGAAAAGGAGAAGGCGAGUGGAACAGUGAACAUCCGCACGCGGGAUAAUAAGGUGCAUGGAGAGAGAACCAUUGCAGACACUGUGGAGAGGCUGCUGCAGCUGAAACGCUCUCGUUCCAGACAAGCUGAAGAAGAAUUUUAACACCCACCUGCUCUGCAUGACAUAAAAAAAGAAAAAAAAUUCUAGUUUUCCUAGUUUAGUUUACAGAGCUUUUGUUAACAGAGCUUUUGUUCUGAGCCAGAUUUCACAUUUGGAUCUCAUGCUCAUUUUAAUGGGGAUUUUUCUUUAGUCAGAAAUGCUUCUUUUUGUAAAAAAAAAAAUCAAUUUUUCACAAACCUUGAAGUAAAAUUUCCUGUCCUCUAACUAAUGACAGAUGAAGCAAGGUGAAAUGGCUUUUUGUGACUGCAAGGGAAAAUUGCAAUGUUAAUCAGGGAUACCUAUAGCAUUCUAACUACCCUGUUAAGAAUAAAAUCCUUUUUGGUAGCAAAUGUUUUUCAUGAAAGUUGUAACAAAAAACCUCAGGCUUAAGAAACCUCGUAAACCUAGUAAACAUGCACAGCAGCUGCUUUUGGAGUGUCUCCAUGAGCAAGGAAAGUGAUAUCUUGACAUCCUGUCUCCCAGUCUUACAUCAGUUGAAUAUACUGACUCUCAAGAAUUCCCAGUUACAUGAAAGGGGAAAUGCUCUGCCACAGAGCACCGAGCUGCUCACCAAAGCUGCUAACCAAAGCCUACUGUGCCCUUUUCCAAAGGCAGUCUCUGAAAUGUGCUGGCUCUGCAGGUCAUGUCCUUGGAGCUGAAGAAAGGGGAUAACACUGUCUGAAAAAGGCAUGGCAUAGUAGGGCCAAAGAAGCAGUUAAGAAAACCAGGAUUCUUAGAAACAAAAGGUCUUCCUGUUCCUGUCUCUGAACUGUUUUUACAGUAAGGUUGUAUGUCACACCAGAAACAAGAAAGUACUGAACGGAAAAGGAUAGUGAUUAUUUGUUUAAGACAAAUGCAAUCUUCCAAUUUAAUGGGUACAGUCCCCUUCCAUGGAACACUUCUUCCCAAGCCUCUAGUCCAGAGCAUCACAUACUUAAUUAGCACCCUUUCUGUCUUACAGCUGAUGAAUCUCAUCAGUUGUUUUUGGGUUUGGUUUGAGGCAUUUUUGUACAUUUGGCUGACAAGAGGCAAAUGUCUGUUACUGACAAAAAAUAAAAUCUUGGUCUGGGGUUUUUUUGC